AGGCCCAGCCCCAGCCCCAGCCCCAGCCCGAAACUCGGAUCCGGGUGCUGGCCGUGGUGCUGAAAGGCGCAGCGUGCGCCCGCCCGCCCCGGCCCCAACCCCGGCCCCGGCCGCGCGGAGCCCCACCGUGCUAUGGGGGGCCACUGAGGGACCGUCGCUCCGCCCGCCCGCCGCGGCGGCGGGGCCCCGGGGGGGCCGGGGCCGGGCCUGGGAGGAGACCUGGGGGCAAAGGCGACCCCCUCCUCCAUACACACAGUCCUGUCCGAGGGCCGGGACGGAAGGAGAAAGAGGGGAGAAAGGAAGGAGGGGGAAAGAAGGAGAGAAGGAGGAGGAGAGAAGGAGAGGAGAGAAGUAGUAGGAGGAGGAGAGAAAGAGGAGGAGGAGGAGAGGAGGAGGCGGCGGCGCGCGCCACGGCGGCCUGGCGAGGAGCUGAGGCCGAAGGGAACCGCUGGACGCCGUGUAAGAAGACGAGCCCCCCAGCUCUGCCUGGCCCGCGGCCACCGCCCCGCGGAUGGUGAGGGGGCUCCGCGGCGGCCGUAGCCCCCUUGCGUCCGGCCCAGGCCCUAGCCCGGGCCGCCCUCCCUCCCCUGGCCCCGCAGAGGCCCCACAGCCCCGCAGGAACCAUGCCCAGAUCUUUCCUGGUCAAAAAGGUCAAACUUGAUGCGUUCUCCUCUUCUGACUUGGAGGGCCCUUAUGGCCGGGCACGGAGCGACCUCGGAACCCGGCUGCCAGAGAAAGCAGGAUACCUCAGUGACUACAUCGCCCCAGCCGUGUACGAUGCCGCAGACUCAGACGCUUCCCUGCUCAAGGGCCCGUCCCAGGAGCCUAUGUACGCAGCGGCCGUCCGCGGAGAGCUGGGCCCGCCCGCUGCUUCGGCCCCACCGCCCACCCCGCGACCAGAGCUGGCCACGGCUGCAGGAGGCUACAUCAAUGGUGAUGCGGCUGUCAGCGAGGGGUACGCUGCAGACUCCUUUUUCAUUACCGACGGCCGAUCUCGCCGCAAGGGCGCCAGCGCAGCCUCGGCCCAAGGCGGACCCGACGGCAGUAGCGGUGCAGGAGCAGGAGGAGGAGCCGGGAGUGGGGCGGGGUCUGGGGGGCGGGGUCAACAGGCAGGCGGGGCGGGGCCAGGGUCCGAGGCGCGCGCUGGCCGGCACGCGUGCAGCGACUGCGGCAAGACGUAUGCCACGUCGUCUAACCUGAGCCGGCACAAGCAGACGCACCGCAGCCUGGACAGCAAGUUGGCGCGCCGCUGUCCCACGUGCGGCAAGGUGUACGUAUCCAUGCCAGCCAUGGCUAUGCACCUACUCACGCACGACCUGCGCCACAAGUGCGGUGUGUGCGGCAAGGCCUUCUCACGGCCCUGGCUAUUGCAGGGCCACAUGCGCUCGCACACUGGUGAAAAGCCCUUCGGCUGCGCGCACUGCGGUAAAGCGUUCGCUGACCGCUCCAAUUUGCGCGCGCACAUGCAGACGCACUCGGCCUUUAAGCACUUCCAGUGCAAGCGCUGCCACAAGGCCUUCGCUCUCAAGUCCUAUCUCAACAAACACUACGAGUCCGCCUGCUUCAAGGGCGGCAGCACCGGAGGGGGAGCUGCGGAGGGAAGUGGGGGAGGGACCAUCAGCCCCCCGACUACACCCGGCCCUGCGCCCCCCUCGGCAUCCUCCUCAGUGCACGGCCCGCCUCCUCUCAGCCCUCUUCGGGCCUGAGGGGGGCAUUCCCGGAGUUCCAUCCUCCCUUCACCCCUCUGGCAGCAAUAGGGUCUUGGGAGGGGAGAGCCGGGGUCUUCACCCGUCCUCUCAGCAAUAGGGCUCCCCUCCCCUGGGAACAGGAAGGCGGUUUAGCCUCUGAUCCUUUCCAAGCUUCUGACUGGAAGGCGUGGGGAGGGGAGAGGUGUUCCCAACUGAUCAGCAAUAGGGUCCCCGGAAAAGAUGGCCUCUGUUCUGGCCUCCUUUUCUGGGCUCCAGGCUAGGGAGGGAGCACCCUCCACUAUUCAGCAAUAGGGUCCCUGAGGAAGGGAAAGGUGGCCUUGCCCCUGUCCCAGCUUCUGGACCCCAGGCUGGGGAGGGCGCACUUCCCCCCAAGGCGACCUCUUCUCUGUCUUCAUGUCUGUCUCCCCUCUUUGGGGCCCUUGACUGGGGAGGAGGGACUCCCUAAGGCGACCUCUCUCUCCUCUUCCCUCCCCACUUUGGGGAAAAUGGGUGAGGAGGGUUUUGCCCCUACUACUCAGCAAUAGGGUCCCCUGGAAAGGUGAAGGCAAAGUCUCUCCCCUCCCCCACACACCCACCUUUUAGGACCCGGGCUAGGAAAAGGGUCCCCUCCCCAUUUUCUCAAUGAUAGGGCCAUAGGGAAGGCGGCUUGCCUUGAUCUCGACUAGCUCCCCCUUUCGAGACCUGGGCUGGAGAAGGGGAGCCUCUCAUUACUCAGCAAUAGGGUCCCAAUAGGUGACUUCUCCACCCCUCUGUCCUCACUUGGGGCAAGCUGGGGAUGGGACCUGGGUAAGAGGCGUACCUGUCAUUAUUCAGCAAUAGGGUCUAAGGUCCUGGCCUGUCUCCCAAGAGAAGCCCCAGGCUGGGGAAUGGGUGUCCCCCACUUCCUUCAGCAAUAGGGUCACCCAGGGAAGCCUAUCCUGUCUGAAGGCCCCUAGGCUGGGGAAGUGUCACCCCCACCUCAGUGAUAGGGUCUUGGAGACAGCCCCUCCCCCAGCCACGUUAGGCCUUUAGUGGCUGAAGGGGAUAAAGGGAUACUGGGUUGGGUGCUGCCGUCCACCUCCUUUAAGCAAUAGGCUAUCGAGGCGGCGGCACCCUGCCUCUUGCCCUCUCCAAUAAGGACCCCUCACAGGCUGGGGGGCUAGGGACACCCCAUCCCAUCAUCUUAUUUCCCAGCAAUAGGGUCACAGGGCCCCUGUCCUCCCUCAGGGCCUUGCACAGCUGGAGGAGGGCAGUGGCGGCUCCUUCUAGGGUCACAGGACCUCUGGGGUCUCCCAGCCCCCAGGUUCCUUAAGGCUGAAUACCCAGGGACCGGCCCCCUCUGCCUGCAGGCUCAGGGAGGAAUGCAGGAUCCCGGGUCCAGCCUCCCCUUUGGUGGAGCCCCAGGGAGGACGAGGGACAGGCAAGAGGGCAAUCUCCCCACAGUUCUCUAGGGAUUGGGGGGGAGAGGGAGAUGAGGACUGGGAAGCCCCCUCCCCUCAUCUCUCUAGCUCAGACCUGGAAGGGGCCUGUUCGGAGCCCGCCCUCCCCUUCCUCCACCUCUGCCCUGCCUCCGCCCGCCAAAUCCGAACUCUUCCGGCCCAGCUACCUGGGCCCUCAGUCCCUGCUCCCCAUAACGAAUAAUAAUGACGCAUAUCGGAUCGCAUGGACUUAUCCGACCUUCCCCAGCCCUAGGUUCCUCCCACUCCUUCCAGUCCCAGACCCCUAGGCAUUAAAUGUCCCUGGGGGGAGGCGGGGCAAACUGUAAUAGUGACGCUCACCUCGCCCACACGCCCCCUUCCCCAGAACACCUCUCAGUAUUCGCCUUGCGGGUAAAGCCCUGGAGGUUCGGGGGGGGGGGCGUCUCAUGAGCGUCGGGUUUAUUUAUUUCUGUUAUUUAUGUUUGUUGAUGAAUGGAUUGCACUCGGGUCGGGCAGUCCCGGCCCACGCCCUGGGCUUUUCUGCGAGAAAGUUCCCGCAACUUUCUUGCCCCCUCCUCCUAGGAUAGACCCCCUCCCUCCCGCCUUCUCGGAGCUCCUCCCCUCUGGCAGCUCUUCUCCUUCAUGCAGUCCCUCGUCAUCGGAGCUCCGCCCCUCUUAGAAGUCCUGUCCACAUGCUCCACUCCUUCCUAGGUCCCUACCCUCAUCUCGGAGCUCCGCCCCUGUCAGCUCUGCCCCUCCUCGGAGCUCCACCCACACCUCCUUACAUAGAUUCCUCCCACCUCCAGUAAUUCCAUUCACGCCCCGCCCUUCCCUCCCACUCAGUUGCCAAUUUUCGCCCGUCUAUGCCAAAGCCUCGGCGGCGACCCUGCCCCCCCAGGGCCCCACCCCAUUGGCCGCCGCCGUUGUGACGUCACUGCAUGCAGCCCCCGCCCUCCCCUCCCCGGGCUGCCCCGCCCCUCGCUCCUCCCCCUCCCUUCCUUUUUCCCUCCUCCCUUUCCUUCCCCUUAGAUAGUCCGAUACCGACUAUAGAGCAAUAAUGCGCACUGCAUGCGAAGCUGCCGCCGCCUCUAGUGUUACAGAGAAUCAGGUACCCCCCCACUUCCCUCUUCCCCCAAGCCCCGCCCCAGGCCCCGCCCCGCGCCGAUAUCAGGGACACUGCGCGAGGUGGGCGGGGGCCAUACGCGCAGACUUUCUCUACCCAUCCCACCCUUCCAAUAAUCCCUUGCCCUGGCCCCAAUUAAGGCCCCCUCGGCUGGCCCGGCGGCGGCGGGGGAGGCGACCACCAAGGGACAGAUCCCAGAUUGGGGAGAGAGGCGGAGGACACACACACACACACACACACACACACACACACACACACACACACACACACACCACGAAGACAAGGAGACAGAAAUGGACAGGGUCUCAAGGAGAGAGAAACAAGGAUGCAGAAA